AUGGGUGUGGCACAAGCUAUUCACAUUCUACUUAUGCUGCUACCCUUGUCAAUUUCAGCAACUGACACCUGUGACACAGGAUGGUUUGGUCCCAAAUGUCAGUACAUGUGUCACUGUGUCAACAACCAGUGUGACGCUUCUGGGGAGUGUGUGGGUGGGGCCAGGUGUGAGCAGGGAUGGUUUGGUCAGGCCUGCCAACACGAGGAUAUGGCGGUUCUGGGUAAACUUAUAACAGCACCAAUGAUAAAUGCAGAUGUCGUUAUGGACGGCGACGAUGCGACAUGCGCCAGUAACCUGACAACAAUUUUUCUCAAGUGGAACAAAAAUUAUGCUUUCACUUGGCUAAGGUUUAAAGUGGAAAAAGAAAACCAACUUGGUGAGUUGACCGUCAUGUUCAAACCCCUGCUGGGAGACGAAACAGUCUUGCUCAAUCACGACUACAUUCCCUGCAAGGACCAAAAAUUGUAUUCAGAUGGAAACGGUACUUUUGAUGUGGUUUGUGAUGUUAACGUCAGCGUUCACGAGGUGAUGGUAGCUGGAGAUCUCAUCAGACAUUUGUGUUCUCUUCACAUCAGUGGAGGUAGAAAUGUUGCCCAAAAACAGCAAGCCCAUCUGUCCAGCAACCUUGAUGACGUGAAGUCCAAACCUGAACAUGCCGUUGACGGUAAUAUGGACAGUAACUACCAUCAUGGAUCGUGUUUCCAUACAUUGGAGGGGGACACAGAACCAACGCUAGAAAUCUGGUUUUCCUUACCUGUUGUUAUAAACAGAUUCGUUAUACAUAACAGAGCUGAUUGUUGCCAGCAAAGACUUAAAGGAUUCCAUCUUAAGAGCGUUACUGAAGGCGAUGAGGUUGAUAUCGAUUAUACUGACGGAUUGCCUUAUCCACAAAACAUGUACACAGUUCUAGCAACAAAAAACCGGAAGCAAAUCUCCAUGGUCUCCAUUACAGCUACAGAUCACAGCUCUGGGUUGUUCCUCUCUUUGUGUGAGUUACAGGUCUAUGGUGAAUCUGCUUGCCAACCUGGAUUUUAUGGGAAAGAAUGUAAUUUAAAAUGUAACUGUGUUGACACAACUGAAACUUGCUUUUCUGUCACUGGAUUGUGUCCAUAUGAAAGAAAAGGCCUUAUAUUUUCUGGAUCGACUGGAAUAACUGGCACCACUACAUUAUCAUCAGGCCAUUAA